GAUAUUUUGUGAAUCCCUUUGAAACAGCUAUUUUGAUUUGUAAAAUAUGGAAGCCAUACCAAAACAGAUGACAACCUUGAUAAAGAGAAACGAGGAGGAAGGAUAUGAAUGCAUUCAAAUACCGGUACCUGAGCCUAUUGGAGAUGAAGUCCUAAUUAAAGUAACACAAGCAGCAAUAUGUGGUUCAGACAUUAAUUUGUAUAAAUGGAAUGAUGUUGCAAAGUUCAUUGCUGCUCUACCAUUUACACCAGGUCAUGAAGCUGCAGGCAUGGUUGUGAAGAAAGGACCAAACGUGAAGGAUUUGAAUAUUGGUGACCGAAUUGCAGUUGAGAAUCAUUUUUACUGCGGUGAAUGCUUUCAAUGCAAGGAAGGCAGAGGUGACAUUUGUAAUAUAAUGAACCAGUAUGGACAUGGUAAAGGCACCGUACAUGGUGGCUGUUCAGAAUAUUCUAUUGUGCCUGAAAGAUUCUGUUACAAAUUGAGAUUAAACAUAUCCGACAUGGAAGCUGUGUUGUUGGAACCCAUGGGUGUCGCACACAACUCUAUUGAGCAAUUACAAGUAGCAGGGGAGAGGGUGGUGGUGAUUGGGUGUGGUCCAGUGGGGCUGCUUGCUGUUGGAUGUGCAAAAGCUAUGGGCGCCACUGAGGUUAUUGCUGUCGAUAUUUUGGACACAAGACUCGAGAUGUCGAAGAUGUUGGGAGCGGAUUACGUCGUGAACUCUAUAAUCCGAGGAUCGGAUGCGGUGAAAGAUGAAGUGAUGAAGAUCACUGGAGGGGUUGGGGUUGGGAGGAUUUGUGAAGCAAGUGGAGCAACUUCCAUGUUUAAUGGAUGCUUCAAGUAUCUUAGGAAGGGCGGACGUGUCUCUGUGCUUGGAAUUCCAAAGCAGCCGUUCCAUAUUGAAAACCCAAUGCAAGAUAUUCUGUUUAAAUCCCUCACAUUAACUACAGUGCAUGGAAGAAGAAUCUUUCAUACCUGGAUUGAAUGCGAAAAAUUGAUUGCUGAAAAAAAGGUUAAUCCCCAGUUGGUGGUUUCCCAUGAGAUCCCCAUGUCCAAAUAUGCUGAAGCAUUCCAAGCUUUAUUUAGUGGCACAGCUGGUAAAAUCGUGAUGGACCCACAGUGUUAAGGUUAGAUUUAAUCAUGAUUCAAAACUCCAGAUUAUUUUUCUGUCUCGUUAUCAAAUGUGUUAUGCAGUGUUUUUUCAAAAAUACCAAAUUGCACCUUAAAGCCAACUAAACGUACUUACAUAGAAUUCAUAUUGUGCCGAUAUUUUAAUAGAAAGAGCUCUUAUGUUACAAGGUAAAUUGUUGUUUGCAGUAUAACUUUUUCCAGUCGUGUUUUAAUUUGUUCAAUAAUACAAGCUUUAAUUGAAA